AUGGCAGGCCCUUCUUUAAAGGCCGUGUACCUACGAGACUUUAAGAAGUAUAAUCCCUCGACGUUUAAUGGGUCCCUGAAAGACCCCACAAAUGCAGAAUUGUGGUUGUCCACUAUGGAGGGGAUUUUUUUUCAAUACAUGAGAUGUCCAGAGGAGCAGAAGUUGCUUUGUGCCACUUUUGUUCUCAUUGAUAAUGCCAAGCGCUGGUGGCGCUCAGCUGAGAGAAUGAUAGAAGCCAGUGAAGGCCAAGCCACGUGGGACCAGUUCAAGGAGCGGUUUUACGAAAAGUACUUCUCUACUCACGUGAGGUACAACAAGCAGGCUGAGUUCAUGAAUCUGAAGCAGGGGACCAUGAAAAUUGAGGAGUAUGAGGAGGAAUUUGACAAGUUAUCUUGCUUCGUCCCUGAUCUGGUGUCUACUAAAGCAAAGAGGGUUGAAAGCGUAGUUGACACAAAAGAAACCGAGAUUGCUUUAACCUCUGAGCCAGUGGUGAGAGAUUAUCCCGAUAUGUUUUCGGAAGAACUUCUAGGGUUGCCUCCACCAAGGGAGAUUGAUUUUGCGAUCGAACUGGAGCCGGGCACUAUUCCCAUAUCUAAAGCUCCAUAUAGAAUGGCUCAGACCGAAUUGAAAGAACUGAAGGUCCAGUUGCAAGAACUGCUUGAUAAAGAGUUCUUACGACCCAGUAUUUCUUCGUGGGGCACACCAGUGUUGUUGUUCAGGGAAUUCCUGGACACCUUUGUAAUUGUUUUCAUUGAUGACAUCUUAGUCUACUCAAGAAUAGAGGCGGAACACGAGGAACAUCUUCGAAAAGUCCUAGGAACACUGAGGAAAAACAAACUGUAUGAAAAGUUUUCUAAGUGUGAGUUCUGGCUACGAAAGGUAUUCUUUCUUGGGCACGUGGUGUCAAAGGAUGGAGUUUCAGUGGAUCCAGCUAAGAUUGAGGCCGUUACCAAUUGGCCCCGCCCUACAACGGUUAGCGAGGUGCGCUGUUUCCUGGGGUUGGUUGGGUACUAUCGUAGGUUUGUGGAGAAUUUCUCUAGCAUGGCCACACCAUUGACUCAACUAACCAGGAAUGGAGCUUCGUUUGUUUGGAUUAAAGCUUGUGAGGAAAGUUUUCAGGACCUUAAGUGGAGGUUGGUUUCAGCACCGGUCCUCACGGUUCCAGAUGGCUCCGGGAAUUUUGUGAUCUACAGUGAUGCUUCUAAGAAGAGUUUUGGUUGUGUGCUUAUGCAAUAA